UCAGCGCUUAUGAUGCGCUGAAAGGUUGUCCGUUGCUCGGCGCUUCAACACAACUGUUUAAUGUCUAAAUUCGGCUUGAGGAGCUUACUUGACACUUUCUGAUCACCAGAGAAGCCAUCGCGACGAUUUACUGUGCGUGGAGUCCGGCUACAGUCACUACGAGCACUGAUGUAGCAGGGUUGCAACAGUUGUGGUGCUCUCCCUCUACCUCCGAUCCUCCCCGGUGCCUCACUGCAUGAUCUCAGACAUCCGAUAGAUCUACGAGAGGAAACAACCCCUUCUUCACCCAGGACCCUACCCCCUGGACUCCUGACUGCGACACUCAGUAGCCAUCUCCUCUUUCAACUCAUCUCCAGAAGAAGGAGCAGCGCAUAUUUUUCCACAUAGGAGUUGAACACCUCCACUUUGGUCAGUGGAGGUGUUGAAGACCACGCCCCCUGUUAACCCUCUUGACUUUUGAAAAAUAUAUAUUCUCCUGGUUGGUUUGAGCCCGGUUCUGCCGGCCGUGUGACUUUUCAAAACUGGGGCGCGAUUCAUGGGAUGCAACCAUGUCGGAUCUCAGUGAGCGCAGGCCGGUCAACGCGGACUACGCUGUCUCCCUGCUGGAGCAGCUCAAGUUCUUUUACGAACAGAAAUUACUGACUGAUGUUGUGCUGCUGGUGGAGGACUCAGAGUUCCCGUGUCACAAGAUGGUCCUGGCAACAUGUAGCUCCUAUUUCAGGGCGAUGUUCAUGAGCGGCCUCAGUGAGAGCAAACAGACCCACGUCCACCUGAGGAACGUGGACCCAGCCACCCUGCAGAUCAUCAUCACCUACGCCUACACGGGCAACCUGGCCAUCAACGACAGCACGGUGGAGCCGCUCUACGAGACCGCCUGCUUCCUACAGGUGGAGGACGUCUUGCUGCAGUGCAGAGACUACCUGGUGAAGAAGAUAAGCGCUGACAACUGCGUCCGCAUGCUGAGCAUCGGCGACCUCUUCAGCUGCAGUGAGCUCAAGCAGAGCGCUAAGCGUAUGGUGGAGCACAAGUUCCCCAUGGUGUACAGGCAGGAGGCGUUCCUUCAGCUCUCCCACGAGCUGUUGAUCGACGUGCUGAGCAGCGACAACCUCAACGUGGAGAAGGAGGAGACGGUGCGCGAGGCGGCCAUGCUGUGGUUGGAGUACAACAUGGAGGCCCGCUCGCAGCACCUGUCCUCGGUGCUCAGUCAGAUCCGCAUCGACGCUCUGUCCGAGGUGACGCAGCGCGCCUGGUUCCAGGGUCUGCCGCCGAACGACAAGUCCGUGGUGGUGCAGGGCCUCUACAAGUCCAUGCCCAAGUUCUUCAAGCCUCGUCUAGGCAUGACCAAGGAGGAGAUGCUGAUCUUCAUGGAGGCCAUGUCAGAAGAGCUGGGUCACGGAUAUGUGGUGGCUGGGUGUCUGCCUACCAGAGUAGUGUGUUACAGCCCGCAGGCGGAGAAAGUGUACAAGCUCAACAACCCCCCAGGAGACCUGCAGAAGGUGGGGACUCUCGUUACACCAGACAAUGAUGUGUUCAUAGCCGGGGGGCAGAUCCCUCUCAAAAACUCUAUCACCAGCCACGGCAAGAGUGGAAAGCUACAGGCGGUGUUCUGCUCUGUCGACAGCUUCUUCUGGUUCGACGCCCAGCAGAACGCCUGGGUUCCUAAAACCCCCAUGCUGUGUGCCCGAAUCAAGCCCUCCCUGGUCCACUGCGAGGGCUACAUCUAUGCAAUCGGAGGAGAUAACGUCGGAGGAGAGCUGAACAAGCGCACGGUGGAGCGCUACGACUGCGAGAAGGACGAGUGGAGCAUGAUGAGCCCCCUCCCCUACGCCUGGAACUGGAGCACCUCUGUGGUGGCGCACGACUGCAUCUACGUGAUGACCCACGACCUGAUGUACUGCUACUUCCCCCGCGCCGACACCUGGGUGGAGAUGGCCAUGCGCAAGACGAGCCGCUGCUUCGCCUCUGCCGCUGCUUUCGGGGACCUCAUUUUCUACAUCGGCGGCCUCCACGUGGUCAGCAACUCUGGCAUCCGCUUGCCCACGAGCACCAUCGACGGCUCCUCUGUCACCGUGGAGAUCUACGACGUCAACAAGAACGAGUGGCGCCAGGCCGCCAACAUCCCUGCUAAGCGGUACUCGGACCCCUGCGUGCGGGCGGUGGUUCUGCUCAACUCGCUGUGCAUCUUCAUGCGCGAGACCCACAUGAACGAGAGGGCCAAGUACGCGAUCUACCAGUACGACAUAGAGCUGGACCGCUGGUACCUGCGGCAGCCCGUGUCCGAACGCGUGCUCUGGGACCUGGGCAAGGACUUCCGCUGUGCUGUGGGGAAGCUGUACCCCUCCUGCCUGGAAGAAUCCCCCUGGAAACCCCCAACCUAUCUCUUCUCCCCCGACGGAGCCGAGGAGUUUGAGGUGGACGGGGAGCUGGUGACCCUCCCUCACGUAUAGCUCUUAACCUCCCCUCCCCUACCUCGCUGACUGAACCAGGAAUCUGUAACGCUGAGGGAUGAACAUGAAGGGGGGGCAGAUCACUUCUCUGAUAUGAAAGGGUUUGACGUUCUCUCUGUUGUGGAGGGAUCUCCUCACGUGCAGCCCGGAUUGAAAAGAUGCCCCUCGGAAACACAAGUAAUCUGAAAAAAAAUCUUCUUAUUUUGUCAUUUGUGACAUCUGUUAGAUAUUAUUACAAGUCUGUCAUACUGUUUCUACAAUGUGAUAAUCUGAACGUCAACUUAUUUUGUGAUGAUGAUGAUGAUGCACUUAACUGGUUAACCUUCUCGGAAUGACAAUGGCAACUGUACCAAAAUCCCCCCCCCACCCUAUCCCUUCUGAUCGUGGCUUCCCCCUCUCCUCUUUUUCUCUUCUCUCACCACUGAUAAAUGAAAGCUCUGUGGAAAAUCUGUCUCUUAGAGUAUAAGGCUUGAAAGGCUCUUGGAAAAGUUAUUAGUUUGCUCCUUUGUGGAAGCAGCAGCUGUAGUUACAAUGGCUCCCAAACGAGAUCCACUAACAAAAUGUUCCAUAGAAACUUCUCAAAACAAUUUAAAGCAUGUUUGAUAUUGAGCUGGUAGUUUGUCAGAUAAAAUAUGCAGCAUAAGGUCCAUUUUAUGAACAUUUUCUCAAUCUCACAUCUCAUGGCCUUUAACGCUUAAAGUCUCCUUAAUUUUUUUGGUUUACUUUUUAACACGUGUUAACCUCUAUUCUCUUCACUUAAAACUGAGGCUACAAGAAGGUCCAUAAUAUUUCCAGUAUGUGGACAUAGUGCUAAGAUUUGUUUUGUAAAACUACUGAUAAAUGUUCAAUAUUCAACCUUUUUUAAGCUAAAAAAAAUUUGUCGCAUAAUAACAAUUAAAACAUCUGUGUGGCAAUUGAGCAAAGAAAGUUGGACCUUUGAUGUUUGGAUACAUUUAAGCAGAGCUGCUUCAAAACCGUAUUUUCAUUGAAGACCACAAGUAUAUUAAAUAAAUGAAUUGUCUUUUAGUCUAUAAGAUGUCAUUUUUAAAAAACUCAAAUUGUCUACCCAACACAAUUGUAUUUAAGUGUUUAAACUUCACCUUGAUAUCUGUAUCCUAAGUGUUCUGACUUGACGGGCGUUUAUGUACAUUUUCCAUUUAGUACGCAUUUGAACUAUAAUUCCGUCAUCACUUGAAUGCAGCACUAAUGUAAUGAUAGUAACUUAUAUCUGCUUUGUACUUUUGAUCUGCUCCAAAAUAUAAAAUUAGUUCGAUCCAUUGCUUCACCCGUCUAGCAAAUUCCUUAAAAAUGAGGCUAGUAGUUUUUAUUGAAAUUCUGUUGACAAACAAUAAUGAAAAAACGCAUUAGUUGCAGCUCUGCGCAAAUGAUGAAAUGAUUGACAGUUGUCCUUUCAGCACUGGUUCAGACAUGUUUGCUUGCUGUCGUCUCCAUUUAAAUCCAUGUUUACUACAACUACCCUCCUCCACAAAUGAGCAAAAUAAGUAUUGGAUAGAUUACCUUUUAACAAACAGGAUCCGUGUUUUUCUUCUGAAGGCCCCCGCAGACGAGAGGAACAGGGGCUGUAGUUUUCGGGAGGAGGGGGAAACGAGUGAGGAGAGGAUUUAAGAGUGGGUGACUGCAGGUCCGGGCACCCUCACCUCUUCCCCCCCCUCUCCUCUGUCCUCCUCCCCCACCUCUGUCUUCCACACAGCUCGCAGUUUACACCUCACUCCAUCCAUCGUCACAUGAUCAUGAACAUUUUUCUUUCCACGAGGGUCUCUACACAACUCCACUCUCAGUAGGUUUCGGGCUCAUGCAUUUUUUUUUGUUUUUUCCCCCAAGCUGCUGAAAUAUAUAUAAUAAAAUAUAUAUUUUUCAUAUGUUUAAAAGACAACUGUUUUAGUGUGGGGGGAAAUAACCAGGUCUAUUUUGUAUUAGUGUCUUUUUUUAAUUUAAUAUCAAACAUUACUGUAGUGUGAUUGUGGGUAGAUGUCCAUUUUCCUAUCAGAUUGAAUUUUUUCUCAAGUGAAAAUUGAGGAAUCUUGCUGCUGAUUGGUUGUGAGAAGAGAGGGCUGGCCCACGACUGUUGCUAUGGAGUUCGUCCCGGCAACCACUAGCAGUAGUGGAGAGGGCAGGUUAUAGUUGGGGAUGGGGAGGGGGAGCAGGGGUCUUCCUCCUACCUUUAAAAACAUGAGCACAGGUGCUUCAUGACAAACCUUACUAGCAUGUUUGGCUGCAUCAUAUUCCUUUGGCACUGUAUUUUGAAUGAACGUUAAUUUAUUAAAAAACAUACCAAAAACGUUCCUGAAA